AUGGAGUCACAAGAUGCUUUUUGGGAUGCCGGAGCGGAAGUUGGUCACCUUGCAAGCCCUUCUGUUCCCCCAGUUUGCUGGUCCUCAGGAAGACAAGUGGGAGGGGAGGCUGUGCAAAAAAGGGGGGUGGAAGCAUGUCUGCAGAUUCCCACUGUAACCGCAGUGAGGUUGUUGGGUCGUCUGCUCAGCCGCCUUUCCCUGCUUCUGGCGCACACAAUAAUAAAAGAAAAACUUCAGUUUGCUUCCCAAAUGGGCAAAGUUGGCUUAAAGUUCCUGUGGAUGUGCAGCAGGAGUAGCCACCCCCCCAGGCUUCAAAGACAAGUUGCUUGCUGCCGAAUUGGAGGAGAACAUCAGGCUAGCAUUCAGGUGGAAUGUACAUUGCGUUGCAAAGCCAGAGCAGGGCUGAAUGGGUGGCACUCGUUCCGUAGCAUCCGGAAAAGCCACCCCGAUUCUCCCCAUUCUGAGACUUCUUGUUGGGCAGCGAAAACAAGGAAACUUGGGAACCUGUUAAAAGCUUAA